GAUUUAGGAGCUAUUGAGAAACAAGGAAGGACAAACAGUGUUAGGUCAUUGCUUCUGCAAACACAGCCAAGGCUGUUCCUCUAUAAAAGGGGCAGAAAGCGGUUCCAGAGCCAUCACAGACUUGGAGGGGACGGUCUGUGACCAAAGGCUGCUGCACCCCUCCCUCGGCACCCGACCAGCAUGAAACUCGCACUCUUCACUGUGCUGUCCUUCGGGAUAGCGGCUCUGUGUUUUGCUGCUCCCCAAAAGCCAAGCAUCAGGUGGUGCACAAUAUCCGCAGCAGAAGAGAAAAAAUGCAAUAACCUGAGGGACCACAUGCAACAGGAGAACUUUGCUUUCAGCUGCCUGGAGAAAGCAUCUUACCUCGACUGCAUAAAAGCCAUUUCGAACAGUGAAGCAGAUGCCAUUAGCUUGGAUGGAGGUCAAAUUUUUGAGGCAGGCCUCGCUCCCUACAAGCUGAAGCCCAUCGCUGCUGAGGUCUAUGAACACAGUGAAGGCUCCACUACCAGCUACUACGCCGUGGCUGUCGUGAAGAAAGGAACAGGCUUCUCAAUAGAUGAGCUGCAGGGCAAAACCUCCUGCCACACAGGGCUGGGCAGGUCUGCAGGCUGGGUCAUCCCCAUUGGGACCCUCAUCCGCCGUGGGGACAUCGAGUGGGACGGCAAAGACUCGGGCUCCAUCGAGCAAGCCGUGGCCAAUUUCUUCUCUGCCAGCUGUGUUCCUGGUGCCACCACUGAACCCAAACUGUACCGUCAGUGCAAGGGGGAUGCCAAGACCAAAAUGUCCCGUACAGGACCUUACUCUGGAUAUUCUGGAGCUUUUCACUGUCUGAAAGAUGGGAAAGGAGAUGUGGCCUUUGUGAAACACACAACUGUUCAAGAAAAUGCCCCAGCUGAGAAGGAUGAGUACGAGCUCCUGUGCCUGGAUGGCACCCGCCAGCCCGUGGACAACUACAAGGACUGUCACUGGGCCAGGGUUCCUGCUCAUGCUGUUGUGGCUCGAGAUGACAGCAAGGCCAAUGACAUCUGGAACUUCCUCUCCAAAGCACAGGAAAAAUAUGGUGUGGGCACAACCAGCACCUUCCACCUCUUUGGGCCACCUGGCAAGAAGGACCCAGGCUCCAAAGACUUGCUUUUCAAAGACUCUGCAGUAGAGCUGAAGCAAAUCCCCUCCCUGAUGGAUGCUCAGCUCUACCUGGGCUUUGAGUACUACAGUGCUGUCCAGAGCCUCCAGAAAGACCGCCUGACCCCCAGCCGCAGAGGCAGCAAGGUCCAGUGGUGUGCCAUUGGCAGGGAUGAGAAGAAGAAGUGUGAUGUCUGGAGUGUGAUGAGCAAUGGGGAUGUGGAGUGUGUUGUGGCAGAGGACACCAAGGAAUGCAUCACUAAGAUCAUGAAAGGUGAAGCAGAUGCCAUCAGCUUAGAUGGAGGCUUUGUCUACACUGCUGGCAUGUGUGGCUUGGUGCCAGUGAUGGCAGAGAGCUAUGAGGAUAAUCACUGUGAAUCAGAAGAAGAACCAGCAACCUACUUUGCUGUGGCUGUUGUGAAGAAGUCUGACAAGGACAUCAGCUGGAACAACCUGCAGGGGAAGAAGUCGUGUCACACUGCUGUGGGCAGAACUGCUGGCUGGAACAUCCCCAUGGGCCUGAUCCACAACAGGACAGGCAACUGCAACUUUGAUGAAUACUUCAGCCAGGGCUGUGCUCCUGGGUCUCCUCCCACGUCCCGCCUGUGCCAGCUGUGCAAGGGCUCAGGAGGGGUCCCCCCGGAGAACUGCGUUGCCAGCAGCCACGAGCAGUACUACGGAUACACCGGAGCUUUACGGUGUCUGGUUGAGAAGGGGGAUGUGGCCUUUAUCAAGCAUUCCAUCGUUGAGGAGAACACUGAUGGCAAAAAUACAGAAAGCUGGGCCAAAAAUUUGAAGAUGGGUGAUUUUGAGUUGCUGUGCACUGAUGGGCAGAGGGCAAACGUGAUGGAUUACAGGAGAUGCAACCUGGCCAAAGUCCCUACCCACGCUGUGAUGGCACGUCCUGAGAAAGCACAGCAAGUCCGUGAGAUGCUGGAGAGCCAAGAGAGGCUCUUUGGAGCAAAAGGAACCAGGAAUAAAGAUUUCAACAUGUUUGCAUACGAAUCCAAGGAUCUUCUGUUUAAAGACCGGACAAAGUGCCUGAUCAAGCUCCGUGAAGGAAUGUCGUACAAGGAAUUCCUUGGAGAUAAAUACUAUGCUUCACUUGCCAGCCUCAACACCUGCAAUCCAUCAGAUCUUCUCCAGGUGUGCACCUUCCUUGGAGACAAGUAUUUCAGUGUAUUCCUGCUUCUCCUCGCCCUGCACCACUGUGGGAAGCUCGGCACAAACAGCCGAAUCUUCCUGGGACAAAACAGCCCCAUGGAAUGCUCAAGGUUUGGGACAGAGUGGCUGGAAAGGUUUGGGACAGCGGCUGGACACGAGCCCAUGUGGGCAAGAGGCCAAUGGCCCCUGCGGCACCUCCAGUCCCGGGGUCAGCUCUGCGCCCCCACAGGAGGGGAGAACUACCACUCCCAUGAGCCCCCGCGCCCCGCACUUCCGGCGUGCCGCGGGGCCGGAAGCGGAAGUGCGGCGUGUCCACGUGUGCGCAGCAUGGCGGGCGCGCUGGAGCCGCACCUGGAGGCGCUGCGGCGGGAGCUGCACGGCCCCGCCGUGCUCUCCGUGCUCGUCGCGCUUCUCGCCGUCGCCAUCACCUUCCUGAUCUGGCGGUUCGUGCAGGGCAGGAGGAGCAGCCGCAAGGCCGUGCUGCUGCUGGGCCUCUGCGACGCGGGGAAGACGCUGCUCUUCGCGCGGCUGCUGUCGGGGCGGUACCGUGACACCCAGACCUCCAUCACCGACAGCUCUGCCGUGUACAGGGUCAGCCAGGACAAGAGCACUAAUGUGACCUUGAUCGACCUUCCAGGCCACGAGAGUCUGAGGCUGCAGUUCUUGGAGAGGUUCAAGGCUGCAGCCAGAGCCAUGGUGUUUGUGGUGGACAGCGUGGCCUUCCAGCGGGAGGUGAAGGACGUGGCCGAGUUCCUGUACCAGGUGCUGGUGGACAGCACCGUGCUGCGGAACGCGCCCGCGCUGCUCAUCGCCUGCAACAAGCAAGAUGUCACAAUGGCAAAAUCAGCAAAACUCAUCCAGCAGCAGCUGGAGAAAGAGCUCAAUACCCUGCGGGUGACACGCUCUGCAGCCCCCACCAGCCUGGAUGGCUCAGGCACAGGGGGCCCUGCCCAGCUGGGGAAGAAGGGCAAGGACUUUGACUUCUCCCAGCUGCCCAUGAAGGUGGAAUUUGUGGAGUGCAGUGCUCGAGGCAGCAAGGGAGAGGAGGGAGAGGCUGACUUGGAGGGCCUGGAGAAGUGGCUGGUGAAGGUGGCCUGAACAGAGAUGAACAGGGAUGGGGGGCUGAAGGGAAAAGAAUGAUCUGAAGCACUCAAAUCUCAUCUUGAUGUAAAAAGAAGGAACUUCAGCUGGAAGUCAGCAUUUGGUGUCUUCCUCUGCUGCUCGUGGGCUUGGGAGCGACGUGACAACUGCUGGUGUGGUUCCCUCUGAGUGUCCCUUCAUGCUGACAUGCUUUAUCCUCUCCCCUCUUCCCUUGCCCUCCUCUGGGCUUUUCUUUUUCCUUAAUCUUCAGGCUUUUCAUUUGGUAGUUGCCAAGCAAAUUAGGAAGGAAUGCACUGGCAGGUGAGUUUUUAGAGACUGGAGUGUGCCUGUUGUUUCCUGCCAUGGUUUAGACCCCUGUUGCCUCUCAGAGCCACUGAUCACCUUAUGCAACCACUGCACAAGCUCCCUAAGCUGGGCAGGCAUUGAGAGAGUAUGAAAGUUGGUUUCCUCUUUGUUCCAAACUGGUGCAGCCCCAUUUCUGUGGGGCUGGAGGAGUGUGAAAUGCCCAAACCAGACUGCCUGCCCUGCUUUACUCCUAGCUCUGUGCCCAUGUCUGGUGAUUUCCUCUCUUGAUCAACUCCUGGGAGUUUUUCUUCAGCUGUGGGCUGUGUCCUGACAGCUUCACUCUGCUUCUCCUUCCAGGCUCUCCUCACACAGCCAGGAACAACCACUCCAAGAGUGGCAGAGCUGCAGGGGGUCAUGGCAUGAAACUGAGAUGGGCACAAUCUCAGAUCCAUACCUGCCUCUGGCACCUGUUGUGCCAGGCAUUUGCUGUGCAGUCUCCUGCUCCAGUGGCUGCAGGAAGGUCUUGCUUUGUGCAUAAUUAAUUAGUCAGCACUUGUGGCAGAGUGAGAGGGAAAGUCAAGGAGCUGCCAGCACGUGGGUGUGCUUCCUCCUCCUGACAGAAAUACUCGAGGAAGAGGGAAAAGAAAUGGGAGAUUUUCCCAGUUUGUGUCUCACUGCACACUGCAGAGUCCUAGUGCAGUGACAUUUUCCCUUUGUUUGUGGCUUCCCCUGUUGUUUUAGGGUUGAGGGGGUGGCUGGCUCCUGGCAGACCCUUUUUAUAGUUUAUAGCCCCCUCUCCCCUGUGGUUUGAUGCCUCCUUCAUCACUUGGCUCACCUGUUUUGUUCUGGGGCUUUUCCUGCAGCAUUGCCAAGUGCUGGGAAGAGCAGGACCAGCCUUCAGCAAAGCCCUGUGCCCAUAAUGAAGCUGGUCCUUGCAUUUCCAGCCUCAGGAACAUCCUUGCUGGAGGUGGGGAGGGUUGUAUUUACCAAACAUGUUACAUUCUUCUGCUUCCUGCAGGCACAGUCCUGUUGAAACAUGUUUGUCAUGCUUUGAACUCCUUUAGCUGGAGGUCUUGGGCUGCCUGCUUUGAGUCCAUAAUGCUGGAGUGAUUUUGGGCAAAAAUUGCUGUUUUUUUGAUAAUUGUUCUCGGAAAGAUACAGAGGCCAAACACCAGCCUUAGUUUAAGGGGGAAGGUACCAUGAGGCCAUGGUGGGUUUUAAGUUAUUCUUUUUAAAGGUAUUCCUUAAGUAAAUUCUUUUUUUGCUUAAAUGUUUGUUCUCAAGUCUUGCUUCAGUCUGUGUGUUUGCCUUGGCCCUUCCCAGCAGUGUCAGAUCCACAUGGAUGGGGCUCUGUUCCUGCUCAGCAGUGUUGGGGAUCAACCUUCCUGCUCUGUGGCCAGGUCUGUGUUGUCAAAAAACAUUGUUUUUUGAACACAGAGGGCUUUGGGGGUUGGUGGUUUUUUUUGUUUGUUUUCUAUUUACUCCUUGAUUAAUUGAGAAAUUGAUAAUCACAUAGGAAAAAUUGCUCAUAAAUCAUAAUGGAAAGGCAGUUUGGUGAUUUGCACUGGAGAGCUCCAGCCAGCUGUGGUGGCAGAGCAGCACUGCUGUGCCUGGAGGUGGCUGUGGCACCCAGUGGCUUUCCUGGAUGGAGAUGAGAUGCCUCAGCUUUCCCAGGCUGGAGAGUGGCUGCACAGCCAAGCUCUGCUCAGAGCUGCUCGUGCUGGAGCACAGAGCAGAACUCCAGGAGUUUAUGGGCCUCACUCCAUGACUUUUUAAAUAUUUAAAUACUCAGGGCUGCUUUUCCCCAGUGGCUCAGGGAAAAGAGCAGAACUGGCAGCUCUGAGUGUUGUUUUCUUGUUUUUCUUUAUUCCCCAGUCAGCUCUGUGCUUUGUUCUUUGCUCUUCUGACCUUGUUCCCAGCCAUGGCUGGGAGUGCUGCUGCUGAGGCUGCAGCUUGGCAGGGCUGUGCUGGGAUGGCUUUGGCUGGACAGUGGGAUGUGAUAAACUCAAGCCCUUCUUGCUCCAGCUGCCUGACCCUGAGUCAGGAACCUGCUGUGGUCACUGUGCUAAGCUUUGUGUUUUUUCCUAUGGGUUGUACUCUGAUUUGUUCCCUUGGAAAAGACCUUCCCUGUGCACAGAGCCUUGGCACCUUGAGGGCCAGGAGCUUUGUUGGCCCUGUUUGGGUCACCUCAUGGCACUUUGUGACCAGCCCCUCCUGGAGCUUUUCUUGCUGGGAGAAAGUGGAGACACUUAGAGAAGGUCAUGUGGGUGUUCAGAGAAAAUCUGCCAUGUGGAGGUGGAACAGGAAUAGGGAUAACAUGGAGAGAGCUCUUUUUUUGUGAAGACUUUGGUGAUCCAGAGAAAUCCAGGGCAGGUCCCCUCCUGUCCUUUCCUCUGACUCCCUCCAUGAACACAAGGUGGCCAAGAGCACAGGGAAAAGCCAUGGUGCAUGAAUACAUUCAGCCCAUAAAAGCCCUGAAAGAAAGCUCCAAACCCACUGUACCCUGCCCAGAGCCUGCUGCAUUGAAAAAAAUUACAGGAUUUUAAAGUAGCUUAAUGGUUGACAUAAGUAGCUGGAUGUGUUAGGCCAUGGGUUGAACUUGAUGUGAACCCUGUGUCAGCAGAGAUGGAUCAGAAGGAAACCUGGAGCUUGACAGUCUGAUCAAUUAAUAAUUGUAAAAAUCAUUACUGAUAGAAUAGGCAAAGCUGCAGUUAAAAUAUUAUUUUAAAAUGCUGGAGCAGAUUGUGGUCUGUGUACUGUAAAAACCUAAUCACAGUGAGGACUAACAGAACCCACCAAAACCCACCUGAGGGGUGUGAAACAACCAAAACCAGCAACACAGUGAAGGGUGAGAAGGACCCCAGACCCUCAGGACUGUGGUGUGAGGGAGGAGGAAUGAAAAUUUUUAAUUGCCAGACAUUGCUUUGUUCGUGGUCCCUCUUCUAAGCCACCAACUCAAGCAAGCAAAUACCAGAAUUGAUCUGGGCCAAUAGACCUAUCAGGGAUGAGAACCUCAGGUCAAACCCUUCUGCCCCUGCCCAUCAGGGAGAUGCAGGCAGGGCUGGGCCCUGAGCUCUGUGCAGCCCCUACCAGCCCUCCCUCAUCACUGAUGGAACUGCAGGAGAAGAAUGUCCCCCUCUGCCAUUUCUUCCCCUCUCCCAGCUGGAAUGUGCCAGACUGUGUCCUUCAGCCUCCCCAGCUCUUGUCUUGCCUGUGGGGGGGAGACCCAAGAAAGCACCACAGUUGGAAAAGUGACCUUUAUUUAAAAAAUAAAAAGAGCAACAAACCCCAGAUGUUCUGCAAUAAACCCCUUGUGCUGACUUGUCCCAA